AUGCCAACGAACAACAUUGUCGUGGUGGGGGCUGGUGUGACCGGUCUCACGACCGCCUUCUUGUUGUCCAAGAAUCCUGCCAACAAGGUCACGGUGAUCGCGAAGCACAUGCCUGGAGAUUACGAUAUCGAGUACGCAUCUCCAUGGGCAGGCGCCAACUACAUGCCCUUUGGGAAGAAGGGAAGCAACCAUGCCGAGUGGGAGCGGGCGACCUGGCCGGAGCUCCGGGACUUGGCGAAGAACCAUCCGGAAUCAGGCAUUCACUUCCAAGAGAUUACCGUCUAUAAUCGCCUCAAGGAUCAAGACUCUGUGACGGGUCAAUGGUCUGCAGAGUUGACGCAGGCCAACCCCUGGUUCAAGGACUUUAUUCCUAAUUUUCGAAUUGUCCCCCGUGACGAGCUGCCUGCGGGCAUCGACAAUGCUCAGAAAUUUACCUCUGUUUGCAUUAAUACUGCCAUCUAUCUUCCAUGGUUGGUCAGCCAAUGUGUGAAAAACGGCUGUGUAUUCAAAAGGGCUGUGUUAAAGCACAUCUCUGGUGCUGCUGAGAUCCAUCACACUGGCAGAAAUGCUGAUGUUGUGGUCAAUUGUACUGGUUUGGCCUCUCGGACCCUCGGCGGAGUCGCCGACCAUCAGGUUUAUCCUGUCCGUGGCCAAAUCAUGAUCGUGCGCAAUGACCCCGGGUCGAUGUCCUCAAUCUCUGGCUCUGACGACGGGGGAGAUGAGGUUUCAUACAUCUUUCCCCGGGCUGCAGGCGGCGGUACUGUUAUUGGCGGAACUUAUCAGAAGAACAACUGGGAUCCGUUGCCUGACCCAAACUUCGCAAACAGAAUCAUGCAGCGUGCCCUGAAGCUUGAUCCACGACUUGUGAGAGAGGGACAGGGAGUCGAAGGCUUGGACAUUGUAAGGCACGGUGUUGGUUUACGUCCUGCAAGAACAGACGGCCCCCGGAUCGAGAAAGAUCAAGUGAAUGGCGUCAAGAUCGUCCACAACUAUGGCCAUGGAGGAUUCGGAUACCAGGUCUCUUUCAGUUGUGCCGAAAAGGCUGCCGACUUGGUCAACGAGAUCAUCCAGGACAAGGACCGGGCAAAGCUGUGA